AUGUCUGCACCCCCGCCCCGUGAAAUUGGCCGGUCAGCACCACCAGCCGCCCUGCUCUUCUCCUUAGAGAAAGACCGAUUGAGCGGGAAGGAGAGUCAAAAUAGCAUUAUAAUUUAUUUAUUUUUAAGGAAUCAUUUCUUUGAUUUUGAAAUAACCACAAGUUAUUUAACAUUGCCUCGGACCGAGCUCUGUGCCUUUUUGAACUCGUUAAGCCGUGCGCAGCCAGGACCAGGAUGCAUCACAGCUGAAACCGCGAGUCCGGGACUUUGGAGUUGGAAUCAGAUCGGACGGACCGCCACCUCCGUCCUGGACCAGGACAGGAUCCGAUUCGCGACGAGUCCUGUCGGUGCGAUGUUGACUCUGCUUCCGGUGCUAUGCCUGCUCUCCGGAGCCUCCUGGGCAGCGACCCUGGGCGGGUUGGGAGACACCAUUCUUGGUCCGGAUAAGCUCCACGAUGUGGCCAACUUCAGCACCUUCCUACUGGACCAGUCAACAGGUAUGCUGUUCCUGGGUGCCAGGGAUGCCAUACUGGCUGUGGACACCAAAAAGCUGAACCAACCACGAAAGAUUGUUUGGGAUGUGCCGGAGGAAAAGAGGAGGUCUUGUGUGGCAAAGGGAAAGACGGAGGUCGACUGCAACAACUACAUCCGUCUGCUGGAGUUCCUGGGAGACGGACGCAUCUACGUGUGUGGCACCUAUGCCUUCGACCCCCAGUGUGCCUUCCUGGAGCUCUCCUCCUUCACCCUGGAGAAAGCCGAGGAUGGAGGGGUGAAGAUGGAGACGGGGAAGGGCAAGUGUCCCUUUGAGCCCAGUCAGCACUACACAGCUGUUAUGGCAGCUGGUACCCUAUACACAGCAGCCACCAGUAACUUCCUGGGAACGCUUUUCGACAUCUCCCGGGCAACGGGUGCUGAGCAGGAGCGCAUCCGAACCGAGCGAUCCAUCAACUGGCUGAGUGACCCAGAGUUUGUGAGCUCAGCCUUCAUAAAGCAGUCUGCAGACAGCAACCCGACAGGAGACGAUGACAAAAUCUACUUCUUCUUCACUGAGGUGGCCAAAGAGUAUGAUCUCUACACCAAAGUCAAAGUGCCCAGGGUGGCACGAGUCUGCAAGUCCGAUAUCGGAGGGAUGAAGACUCUGCAGCGGCGUUGGACCACCUUCCUCAAGGCCCAGCUGGUGUGUGAGGACAAGCCCAGUGGUCAGCGCUACAACGUCCUAACUGAUGUUUUCACCGCGCAACACACACCAGGCGACCCCAGCAGCACACACUUCUAUGGAGUAUUCACCUCCCAGUGGGAGCGUGAGGAGUUGUCAGCAGUGUGUGUUUUCAGUCUGUCUGACAUCAGCAAAGUGAUGGACGGUCCCUUUAAAGAGCUGAAGAAGACCUGCGAGAACUGGAUCAACCCAGAACCUGUCCCCACACCAAGGCCUGGCCAGUGUUUGAACAAUGCUUUGAAGGAUGAGGGGUUCAAGUCCUCCCUGACACUUCCCGACAAGGUGUUGACAUUUGUGAGGGACCACCCUCUGAUGGAGAACAGUGUUACUGCAGCGCCGCUGCUGGUCCGGGAGGGGAUCAGAUACACCAAGUUGGCCGUUACGCAGACAGGCAGCAGAGACCAGCGGAGGGGGGCAGUGCUGCACCUUGGAACAGACCGUGGGGAGCUCCACCGGGUGGCAGUAGUGGACCAGAACGCCACCUUACUGCAGGAGAUUCCUCUGUUCCCCUCACAGGAGCCUGUCAACAAUAUAUUACUGCACCAGGGCUGGGCUCUGGUGGGCAGCCCUCUGUCUCUGGCUCGUGUCCAGGCUGAAGGCUGCGCUCUGUAUCCCAGCUGUGAGGUGUGUGCCAGAGCCCGAGGACUGGGCUGUGUGUGGAGCACAGAGGAGGAGGCCUGCAGGCCCACAACUGCAGAGCCUGGUCCAGGUGAUAUGGUAGACAACGCCUUGAAAAAGUGUACUAUAGAGGGGCGUUGCAGCCCGUCCAUAAGGGAGCUGCGAGUGUCUCUGGGUCUGCGCCUCCUGUUGCCAUGUGUCCAGCUGUCUCCCAGGCCCUGUAGCUGGGAGCAUCCUCCCCACAGACACACCAGGCAGCACCACUCAGACCUGGAGGUGACUGUCACAGAGGACAGCCUGGGGAAAUACAUCUGCACGUGCCAGGAGGCGGGACAAGGUAGCAGAGACCCCACCCCCUGCCGCAGAGCAGCCUAUCAUCUGACACUAGAAGCCCCCAGUGCUGGAGGAACCAUGGCGACAGCAGGAGGCCGUCACGUACUGGCCAUCUACAUCCUUUUCUUCAUCUUGGGUUUACUGUUUGGUUUAUUUCUCCUCUACUUCGUGAGCCACCGGCGCAGCAUUGCCCUCCAGGGUCACCACCUGCCAGAUAAUUCGCUGUCGUCAGAGAAGGGGCGGGACUUGCUGGGAUCCUCAGCCACGCCACAGUCCCCCAGCAGUGCCAGUCUGCUGUCCGAGGGAUUUAGAUUGACAGAAAAACGGAACGGGACGUCGAACACAAACACGACUACAACGCUCCUCAGCAACCAGGGGAAUGGUGGUCACCAUGGCAACAGCUACAGCGGCACCCUGAUCCACAGCAACCCCAGCAAUGGCCAUGGGAAUGCCCUGUAUGCCAACUGCAACACAAGUAACAGCGGGCUUAAGUUCACCUCCGAAAUAUUAGCUGCAGACUUGCUGGAUGGAAGGACGGGGGAGAGGGAGAGGGUGAGGCCGGAGGGGGUUGAGAGGGAGUCGGGGGAGGGGGACGAGGUGGAUGAGGGGCUGGGGGACGGGUUAGGGGAUGGAAUAAAAGGACUGGAGGAGGAGUUGGCCAGCUUUCCCAUGUUUAAAUCACCAGCGCCGCUGGCUAAAUGUGAAGAAAGUUCAAUAUGAAAAGGUGAUAUAAAUGUUGAUUGCACCAUUUUGCAUCCUGCAACAAACUGGAUAAUACCAAGGGGAAUGCAAAAUGGCUACUGCCAAAUGCCUUUGAAUGGGAGCUGUGGCAUGAAGAGAGACUACAGAGAUAUAUGAGAAAUAUAUAAGUUUAUGUCUAAGCGUGUGAAAGAGAAAACAUGUUACGGUGUUGUGAGUCAUUCAAGACGAGAGCCACAGCUAAAUAAAUGUGUCAGAUGUAAUAUAAAAUGUAAAUAUGAGCUCCAUGCACCGAAAUGUCAUGUGGAGACAGUGAAAAGCCAUAUUGUCUUUCUCCUUAACUUCCGUUGUUGUUUGUGCUCUCAUUCUCUUCUCUUGAUGGCACUGCAAAAGCUUUGACUCUCUCAGCACCUCUCGCUUUCUCUAUUUCUAUUCCUCUCUCUGACACACCACUCAAAUCCCAGACCUUCACAGGUCCAAAGGCACCAAAGGACUGCUGAGCCAUAGACUAACCAGUCAGACUGCACCGGUUCGGAGCUUCAAACAGAAACAUCUUUCUGCUCCCAGUCUGAGACUAAAGAACCAUAAAGAGCCCCUCAGAUGGUCUUUAGUGACCGUGUCCUGCUUACGCUGGACGCUUAAGGAGGACGAUAGGGUUCAGGGUCACCUAUCAGAUUUGUUUCAGUGUGGAAAGCUCAAGAUGCACAGCCGAUGUAAGUAACUGACAGCUGCCCAGAUGUGUCACUUUUCACCUUCACAGUUAAUGAGACACAGGGCAAAUGAUUUCCAAAAGGAUGUGAAAUGCAUUUCAGCCUAACGGACUGGACCUUGCCAGACACAAAGCCACCAUCACCUCGUUGUGAGUGUGGAACUGAAACAAUGUAUUGUUUUUUGUCAUGUUUUUAUAAUAAAGCCUAAAAAAAGUUGCCGUUAACCUGGCAUCACUGUUUCCAUACUGUCUGGUGAAAAUCGGCAUGUGAGAAAGAUACAAGAAACAAAUAGAGGCGACUGCUUCUCAUGCUUCCCAGAAAUGGAUCAAACCUGUAAGUAAAAUCUGCAACUUGCAACGGUGUGUGAACGUGUCUGUGGCUGAGAGUGCCUGUACACUUUUGUAAAGAUGUGAAAUACAAUGAUUAUACCUUAAGAAUCAAUUUUACCCACAUGCACUUAAUUUUCAUCUUUGACAGCUGCCACAGGAAUAGUUUAAUUAGCAGUAAAAAAAUCUUGAUAUUUUGGGAAAUGGGCUGCACUUUAUUGCUAAGAAUUCAAUGACAAGAUUAAUACCAACCUGCAUGAAGCUACAGCCAACAGCUGCUUCGCUGUGCUUAGCUUAAAGACUAGAAACAGCUAGCCUGGCUCUUUCGUCAAUUAACAUGUUCGUAGCAUCUUUUAUGCUAAGCUAACAAGCUGCUGGCUGUCACGUCAUACGUCACAUGCCGUUUCGGUGAUUCCCAGGGGUCAAUUAUAUCAUCCUGUCCUAAAAAGAAAAUGGAACAGGCUGAAAUGUUGUUGGGUCCAUGUAGGUUUUGAUAGUUUGAUUCGUUGAGUUGAAACCAAUGAAAGCAUUAACAGAAAUACCUUCGUUGUUUGCAGUUGGUCUAAAUUAAAAAAAGAAAAUUGACCUGGUAAGUGUUAACAGACCGCUCUGUGUAGAUGCUCCAGUAGUUUUGUGAUAUAUGAACUGAACUGUUGAAUUUAAAUCCCUUUUUUUCCCCUCCCGUCUUCUGUAGUGAUGCUCUGGUCAUCCUGCUCCUUGCAGAUCAUCCCUGAUCUCUACAUCCCUUCAGCACUCCUCUGCGUAAAUACGCAAGUAUAAAAAUGUUUUUAUCAGCCGGGAACCAACAUAGUGACAUAGUUGACCCAUCCUUUGUCCUUAAUACUUCUUUUAAUGAGGCUGUAACUGAAAACCGUUGCUACAGCCUCUGUAAGUCACUUGAUGUUACAUUCAUCUGAAUUUUCUCAGGUGAAACCACAGGGUUAGGCAGACACAGCUUUUAAGUUUGGAAAGUUUUUUUGCUCCCCAUGACUCUGCUCCUCUGAUAAAUGUGCAUUUACAGGAGAAAAGUGAUGACACAGCAGUGGGACUUGCAGCAGCCGUGUGUAAUCCUUAAAUGCAGGUGUGACGACAGAUGAGGAAAGCAGCACCAGCCAGCCAGACGCGGUCGCUUAGAGCCCACCAAUUAUGGCAGCCCAAGACAAAAGUUCUUAUUUCUAUCCAACAUUACACAAAUCAAAAAAAAAAAAUCAAAAAUCCAAUCUUAAUUACUGUAUACAUUGAUUUGACGAAUGAAAAAUACAAUGAGAAAAUAGUUAGUAACUCCCGGAGAGUCACUGCCUUUAUAGUAUAUAACGCAACAGCACUUACACUUGUUGAGGUUUGAUUGUCAGGCAUUGACCAGUGGCCUGUGAGUCUUCUUUUGGAGUGCAAUUUGGAUGUUUAUUGAAUGAGAAAGCAGUGCACUUUACACCCAAUAUUUCCUGACAGUGAAGUACUCAUUUGCCCUCUCACUGAUGUAUUAGCAAGUGGAUGUAUAUGCUCCUAUCACUCGAGGAAAACCAAGUAAAGUAGCAAUCAUAACAGUUGAUAGGCAUCCUCUUGUCCUUAAAACUCUAAAUUUUGACUUUUGAGAAUUGGUCCAGUGGGAUGGGAAUAAUUUCGUUAGCCCAUGCACUAAUUUGAAAAAAAAAAAAAAAAUUCUGUAAGGACA